UGUUUCUAUAAUGAUGUUACAAGCCAAUGUUUUAAUGCACCUGUCGCUUUCGGCGGUAAACGACCACAGAUUAUUAAUAUCACAAACGUCACACUAUUCUCUAUGGUAUUGGAAUAGAGUUCUUUUUCGCAUGAAAGUCUUUGUUUCAAUCUUUGAUACCAAGGUUUGUUACUCCAGAAAUAAAUAUUACACCCUCUCCAGAAUCACAAUUUCAGUGCCAAGUUCCCGUCCUAGAUGCGUAACGUCAGUCAACACGCGAUAACCGUGCCCGAUGGUCAGAAUCGAAAGUGUUAUAGCGUAAAUAUUGUCUUAAAAGUAUAUUUUGACGUUUGUAGACGCGGAAAAAUUAGAUUUUGACAAUUCAAUAUGGCAGACGACGGUUUUCAAGUGUACAUGAGGAUGGAAAGUAUCACAGAACAGGACGAUAUACAUUUAGCUGGCGCUAAAAAGGAAAUAAGAAAUGAUCUAACAGUUAUAAUACCAGAAAAUCCAUUCCCAGAAAUAGCAGUGGAGGCAUACCCACCACUCAAAUUUUCAUGGGUUAUUCCAAAAAAAUUGGCAGCCAUGGCGUUCCCUAGGAAUAAAGAGAAUUUGCAGUUUCUCGUAAAUCAAGGUAUAACGAAUCUGGUAACACUGGCAGCGGGGAAAAAACCUCCCGUAGACGAUAUUGCCAGAUUAAGGUGGACAGAAAUACCGAUAGAAGAGUUCGAGUUACCGACAAUAGAACAAAUAAAAAAAUUCAUUGACGUUUGUAAAAGAGCGGACAAAAAUGGCGAGGUGAUGGGUAUCCACUGCCGACAAGGGCGCAGCCGCUGCGGCGUGAUGCUGGCCUGCUACCUCGUGCACUUCCACAGGUUCCUGCCCGACCAGGCCUCCAACGUCAUCCGCAUGAUGAGGCCAGGUUCAUUGGACUUCCCGGAACAAGAGGAAGUGGUCGAUAAAUAUUUCGAACACCUGACAGAAGACAAUCCAUUGAGGUUCGGUGUCAGUGGUGAGGUGAUGGAAGAGUUUAUAGAAGCUGCCAGAGAAAGCACUAAACGGAUUCUCUAGACCAGCGCCAUCUGUCUGUGAUCAUGCUGUAUUGUGAUUUAUUUAUAAUCUAUAUUGAAAAAAUAUUGUACCUGAAUGCAAUAAACUGUUUUAUCGAUGUUUUUAAA